AUCAUCCUAAGGAGGAAAAAUAAUUAAGUUCAUUGGGGGGUGGGGAGCACGCACAAGUGUGUAUAUAACAGAUCUUUGCCAAAACUGAAGGAGGAAACACCAUUUAGUGUUUCAUGCAAUCAGGACAGUCAGGUAUGAAUCCUAUCAAAUCAGUUUAAAUGGAUUUUGACCCUAUCUCUUAAAAGCCAAGUGGUUCUUACCCCUUCACUAUGGGAAAGUGACUCUCCUGGUUCUUCUUCUUCCCACUCCUCAUCACUAUCUAUCUCGUAGUCCAACAGCUUCUAAAAGAAGAAAUGAACCAAUGUCAAUGAGCCAAGUUCUCCUCUUCAAUGGAUAUUUUAGAAAACCAAUAUUUUGUUUAGUAACUAAUAUUACUUAUUAUAUGUUAUUGUAAGAAUUAAAAUUAGGACUCUGGUAAUCCUCUCUUAGGAUUACACAUGGGAUAUUGUCCUACCUGGGUCCCUGCUUUCCUGGAAUUGUCACGUCACCUAGGCUGGUCACUUAGUUAUGUAACCUAGGUUACAUGACUAAAUUCAAACUAGUUGUGGAAAGAGAGUUUAAAAAGAUUUGAAGGAAAAAUACUGAAUUAGAGGAGAAAUUAAGGAAGGAAAUAGCUGGAUUAGAAGAACGAGUAAAGCAAAGAGCUAUAAGACUGACAGGCCAUAGCUCCUUUAAAAGAGUCUAAGAGGCAACCAAUCACAUGCUCUUUUUGUGGGAAGGAAGGUCAGGUAGCUAAGAUUGUAGAAUGAGGAACCAAGAAAAUAGAGACAGAAGAGACUGGAGAAAUAACAAUAAGAACUUGAGUACAUGGAAUCAGUAUUAAUGUUUAUUUUGAAGGACACAUUUACAAUUCCUAUUAGUCCUAAUACCCCAAAGCUUUAGACUAUGGAAACCUGCCAUUGACUGUUAAGUAUUAUGGAACUUUAACUAAAUUUGUGUCUGAUUUCAAAAGAAGGGAUUACUAAGGAGCUAAGAAGUGCUAAGAAGCACAAGGUCAAGGAGAUCAACAAACCCUCUGGGACUGAUGAGGAUCUGUACCAAGACAGAGGACUUGCUUUGAGGUUCAAGGAAGUAAGUGGCUGUUUGACAAAUACAGAUGUUGGACUUCCCCACGCCAGGUUUCUAUAAGUAUGUUGGCUUUCAUUUUGGCUGCCCUCUCCCUGAGAUUGAAGACAAAAUCAGACCAGGGAAUCAUAUUUCCCUUUUACCUCAUAUUUUUAUCCCCUUUUUCUUUUAUAGCAUGGCAAUUUUCUAUAGUCCUGGCUGCUGAUGGGUAAGUGCAACGUUACUACAAUUGUCCUGCAUGCUUGUAGGACAUAAGCCACUUUAAUUGGGCCUUGAUGGUGAUUCAAGGAACUGUUAUGGUUUUAUUUUUACUCACAAUUUAUAUACAUAAGAUUUUGAUAUAAGUAUUUUUCAAGAAUUUAAAUUUUUUUCUCUUCUAUUUGAUUUUUCAUUUUCUUUUGAGAAUUGAUUCAUAUACCUCAUAGCUCAGCCAUGUAUCCCAGGGCGACUCUAGUGUUGGUCAACACCCUCCUAAAGGGGGAUUGUAUAAUUAUCCUAAAAUCCAAAGUUUAAGAUCUUUUAUUAUUUUAUUUUUUUAAAUCCUUACCUUCCACCUUAUAAUCAAUACUGUGUAUUGGUUCCAAGGCAAAAGAGUGGUAAGGGCUAGGCAAUGGGGGUUAAGUGACUUGCCCAGGUUCACACAGCUGGGAAGUAUCUGAGGCCAGAUUUGAACCCAGGACUUCCCAUAUCUAAGCGUGGAUCUCAAUCUACUGAACCACUAACUGCCCCCUGCCAUUGACUGUUGAGCAAGUCAUUUAAACUCUCUUGGAGUUUGACUAGAUGACCUCAAAGCUUUCUUCCAGCUCUAAAUCUUUGAUCCUGUGAAAUGGGAAACCAUGAAAUCUUCUUGAGCAGAAAAGGGAUGCUGUUAGAUCUCUGCUUUAGGAAGAUGACUUUGGUGACCAACACAGGGUGGAUUAUUUCAUUGUGUUGUGUCUGUGGUGUUGUAUCCCAUUUAAGGUUUCAUUUGGCUGCUAUGCGAGGGGCAUCGGCCUGCCUGGAGGUGAUGCUGGCCCAUGGUGCCAAUGUCAUGAGCACUGAUGGCUCAGGUAUCCUGUGUGGUAGACACUGUGGACAGCAGUGGUUGGACAGCACUCCAUCAUGCAGGUGGGUACCAAAUCCUGGCUUCCCUUCCCUCCUCUUAGGAACCAGGUCCUAGUCUGAUAGGGUGACUAAGUCCCAUUGCAUUCUUCCAGGUGGGAGCUCCUUGUCUAGGACCCCUCCCCUCCCACUAAGCAAGUGUCAUGCUUCAAUCUUAUACCACAAUACAGAAAUUCCUUCCAUAUUGAUACCCCUCAAUCGGGAAAAUCUGAGUUAAAUUUUUUUGUCCUCCCUUAGUACUAGUGAAGAAGUCAGAAUUAUUUUUUUCUUUUAUGGGGUACCUUCCUGUAAAAUUUAAGUAUUUAUUUGAUCAUAGCCUAUAUGUAGGUCAAUGUUAAAAUAAAAAUGUGCAUGAAAAAGAAACAAAUAUAGAAAUGUAAAUGAAACAAAUUUGAGGAGAAUAAUACUGAGCAUAAUACUGAGCAUACUACAUGUAUAACAAAAUAAAUUUUAAAAAAUAACUUUUGAAAUUUCCCUAAUGGUACUGGCCAUUAGUCUAUGGUACCAUCUCUGCAAACUAAUUUUUUAUUUAUUUUAAUCUUAAAAAGGGAAUUGUAUAUAUUUGUGGUAUGAAAAGAUAAAAUAUGUUAUUAUAUAGUACUAUACACAUAUUUUAUGCAUUUCUGAGUUUCUCAACCUUUUCUGCACUGUCUGCUGGCCUUCUUGUGUUAUUUGUGGCUUCUGCAAAACUCCCCAAAAAAUUCCCAUUUAAUUUCUUAUGCUGACUCAGGAUAUAGUGAAAAGUCAGACAUAUGUAAAUCUUGAAAUUUCUUAGACUUGUGAAUGUUAAAAAUUUCCACAUUGAGGAAUCCGCCAUUGGAACAAAUUCCCUACUGGAAACAUUCCCCAUUUUGAUGUGAGAACUUGCCAGGAUCAGAAAUGGGAGGACCUCUACUCCACCUGUACUUAAGACUGCUUUAGGGGAGAAAACUCCUUGCUAAACAAUGAAAGUACUUGGACCCAUGCUUAUAAUAAGGCAAGGAGUUCUUUGAGCCAUGCCUGUUUUUUAGAAUUGAUACAAUGGGAUGCUAGGUACCUAAAAGGGUCGGGCAAGUUUUCUCUUAAUGAGAUUAGUCGACUCAGCUGUGUUUUCUCUGGUUCAGACUUACUGAGGGGAUUAGUCGACAUAGCAGCAUUUUCUCUGGUUCAGACUUACCGAGGAGGUUAGUCAACUUAGCAGGAAUUCAGAUGGGCUGUCUUUUAGAAAACAUCUACGGUGAUUGGUAGAUGGAAGAACUUAGGGGAGGUGACAUAGGAAAAAACCUCCUAUAUAAGUAAAGGAAUCUCUUGAGCAAGGAAUCCUUGGAGGCUUGGAGAUAGGAUCCUUGGGUCCUUAGAGAUAGAUCCUUUUGGAGGAGGCCCUUUGAAGAUCUCUUGAGAAGAAGUCCCUUGGGAGGCUGACUCUGGCUGGAACUCCCUCUGGGGAGACUCUGUUCCCCAGACAUCCUUGCUUAAGACAAAUCUUGUGGUGAGUGAUAACUGACUGGUUUCUCUCUUAAGGCUUAGGCCUGGGUUGGCCAGGCCUGCCCUGGGCCAACCUAUUCUUUUCUCAUUAAUACCUUUUCUCUCUCCUUCUCCUUUUCUUUAAUUCUCAAUUGUAUUAUUAAUUAAAUUCUCUAUAAAACCCAGUUGACUUGGGCAUAUUCAUAAUUUGGGAAUAUAUUCCCUGGCGACCACCUUAUAUUUGAUUUAAAAAACCAAGACACCGUAGUGAAACAUUUUCUGUGGUCAAAUUUACUCACCCUCUCUUAUAUCUAUCACAAUUUAUAUCUUCCAUAAUUUUAACUCACUACAGUUUAUGUCUCUAACUAUUUUAAAUGUUACAGUUUCCUCUACUUUAGACCUUACUGAUUCCUCCAAACCAAACACCUCUGUAUCCUUUCACAAUUCUUCCUUGGCUGCUCCUCCUCAUCCUACACAAUCCACUUUAAGUUCACAUUCCAACCUAAAUUCACACCCUACCUCUGAAUUUUCUGGCACCAUGGGACAACAACAAACCCUUCCUUUGAAUGUGCCCAACUCUUCUAUUUCUCAGACUUACCCAAUUGAAAAUGGAGCAAGAAGCCUAGAAACAGGAGUACCAAAUAACUUAGAUAGCUUAUUUCCUUUAAGGGAAGUACUCACUUUUAAUAAGAAUGGAAACUUGGUAUCUGUAAGACAUCAUACACUUUUACCCCUGAGGAUUUAAAAAAAUUGAAGGAAGAUAUGCCAUCAUUUGAGGAUGAACCAAUAUUAAUUAUAAAAAAAUUAGAGAACAUAUUCAGAACUUUUGACCCCACUUGGUUGGAUGUUGAGAAUAUAUUAGAAGCAUUAUUGACAAAGAGAGAGAAAAAUAAUAUCGUCUCUCUGGCUAAUGAAAAACGAGGUAGAAGAGGACAUUAUUGGCCAACUGAAGAUCCACAUUGGAACCCCAAUGUUGAACUAGAUUACACAAAACAAAACCAGGCCAGAGAAGCAUUAUUGACAGCCAUGAGAGCUUUCUCUGAUAGACCUGAAAAAUGGUCAAAAUUUGAAAAAACCCGACAACAUAUUGAUGAAACACCCUCCCAAUUUAUGGACAGACUUAUUGACAUAGGGAAUACAUAUAUGGACCUUGAUUUGUCCAGAGAAAGAGACAUUAGACAAAUACGUAGGCAAUUUGUUAAGAAUUGUUGUUCAGUGGUAAAAGAUUACUUCAGAACUAGCUGUCCUAAUUGGGACUCUAUGGACCUCGAUGAACUAAGGAGAGUAGCAACCUAUGUUUAUAAAGGUCGUGUAAAAAGACCUGAGGAAGACGAUACAUCAGUGGAAGAUUUAAAGAAAGAAAUUGAAAUGUUAAGGAGAAAAUUGAAAAAUAAGGGAGAGACUAUAUAGCCCCUUUGCGGGAAUUCACAAAUACAUCAGUAACUUGCCACUUCUGUGAGAAGGGCCACAAAAUGAUGGAAUGUAGAACUUUUCUUAAGAUGAUUGGAAGGAAUACGCAGUUUAAUAAUAGCUUUAGAAAUAAUAACUAUAGAAAUGAUGAUAAUGGUCAUAGAAACCAGAAUUUUAGAAACUCUAGAAAUUAUAAUAAUGACUAUGGAAAUAACUAUAAUGAAUAUAGAAAUAAGAACUUUAGAAACCAAAAUUAUAGAAAUAGGAAUUGGGAAAAUAAUGACAAUGCUCCAAAUGAAGAAAAUUAUAAUGAUAAUGACCAACAACAAAAUAUGAGAAAUGCAGCUCGUCCAAAAAAUAGUCGAGGUGCCCUUCAGGGGGGUGCCCAAGGAAUAUCCCAAACACAAUGAUGGUGUCUGGGGGGGGGGAGGACUGGGGCACAGGAAUCAGAGGAUACAAUCUUUGAUUUUCUGGACCCUGAUGUCCUACUACCCGUUGUCCCUAUCCACUGCCCUCCCCAUACUAAUGAACCCCAUGUUACCUUACAGGUGGGUAACAUUUAUUAUGAUUGUCUAUUAGACACUGGAGCUACCAGGUCUGUAUUGAAGAAUGUACCAGAUUUAAAUUGUUAUUCCGUUGAUUCACAAAGUGUAGUGGGGGUAUCAGGAAUACCCCAAAGAGUUGAAAAACUUGCCCCUAGAAUGGUGUCUGUAGGACCCCUAGAGGUACAACAUUCCUUUCUUUUAAUGCCUGACUCUCUUUUAAAUUUGCUGGGGAGAGACCUUCUAUGCAAACUCAGAGCCACAAUAACUUGUUCACCAGAUGGUUCUUUAUCAUUGGAAGUACCAGAGGAAUCUUUAAAUUUACCCCCUGUACUUCUCUCCAAAAACCAGGAGGCAUAAGAGCCUUCCACUUUUGAAAUACCUAAGGAUAUACCGGAGUCUCUUUGGGCCACAUCUUCUUCCGAUGUAGGCUUACUUAAAUCUGCUGUUCCUGUGCAGAUAAAAACUAAAUCUAGCCCACCUCCUUCCAUCCCUCAGUAUCCCCUCUCAAAGGAGGCAAUUGAGGGUAUUACACCAGUUAUUAACUCAUUAAUAGAACAGGGAAUAAUAAUCCCUUGCAAAUCUGAAUACAACACGCCCAUCCUGCCAGUUAAAAAACCAAAAAGAGGGCCUGAUGGCAAGUACCUCUAUAGAUUCGUACAGGAUCUGAGGGCAGUGAAUAAUCACGUUAUAAAGAGAUACUCCAUAAUUUCUAACACAAAUACUAUUAUUUCCUCUAUUCCUAGCACAGCUACAUACUUUACAGUAGUAGACUUGUGUUCAGCUUUCUUUUCCAUACCUAUACAUGAGAACUCCAGGCAUAUUUUUGCUUUUACCUGGAAGGGCUCGCAAUAUACAUGGAGUCGGCUGCCACAGGGUUAUGUGGAAGUCUGAGUUUAUUUGAGCAAAUUUUGAGCCAAGACACAGACAAUAUAACAUUUAAAAAUAGCAAAUUAAUCAAAUAUGUAGAUGAUCUACUCUUGGCUUCAACAGAUGCAGAAACAUGUCAAGAAGAUAGCAAACACCUUCUUUUGGAAUUGCACAAAAGAGGGCAUAAAAUCUCGAAGGAUAAAGUUCAGUGGUGUCUCCCUAAAGUAGAAUAUUUGGGAUUCAUCCUGACUGCGGAUGCCCGUUAUAUUUCUCCAAAACGAAUUGAGAAUAUUCAAAAUUUAAGCGCUCCUACUACUAAGAAACAGUUGAGAGCAAUUUUAGGAGCAACAGGGUUUUGCAGACAAUGGAUUCCUUGCUAUGGGGAAAUUACUAAACCCCUUAAAGCAUUAACAAAGAAUUCAGUUCCUGAACCCCUCAAAUUAGAGCCUGAACACUUGUCAGCUCUAUCAGAUCUAAAAAAGGCUAUCAUGUCUGCCCCUGCUCUAGGCACCCCAGAUUACAACAAGCCAUUUACUUUGUAUGUGCAUGAGAGAAGAGGAGUAGCUUCUGGUGUGUUAACUCAGACUUUGGGACCUUCUCAGCGCCCAAUUGCUUAUUAUUCUGCUCAACUGGACCCAGUAGCAGCAGGAGCACCACCAUGUCUUAGAGGAGUAGCUGCUACAGCCUUACUAGUAACAAAAACUGUUGAUUUAGUAUUGGGAUGUCCAUUAACAAUAAUGUGCCCACAUGAGGUAGAAGCAUUAUUGAUAAAACAUAGAACACAGGCAUUCUCGGAUCAGAGAAUUACAAGAUAUGAAAUAACCUUAUUAAAUAGUGAAAACAUUACUUUAAAACUUUGUACUACUCUUAACCCUGCCACCUUGCUUCCAGAUUUACCAAAUUCAGGAGAACCAUUACAUAGUUGUGAAACAUUAGUGUCCAUGGCAGAAAAACCUCGAGAUAAUCUCUUGGACACUCCCUUAGACAAUGCAGAUCUGAUUUUAUUUACUGAUGGUUCCUCUUUUAUGAGGGAUGGCAUACGUUACACUGGAGCUGCCUUAGUCUCAGAAUUUGCCACUGAAUGGUCAGCUUCACUACCUUCUAACAUUAGCGCUCAAGGAGCAGAAUUCAUAGCUCUGAAGCAAGCUUGUAUAAUUGCCAAGGAUAAAAAGGCAACAAUUUAUACGGAUUCUAGAUAUGCUUUUGGCAUUUGUCACUCAGUCGGAAUGUUAUGGCUCCAGAGAGGAUUUUUAACCUCAGCUGGAAAAUCUAUAACUAAUGCAGAAAUUAUUAAUGAAGUUCUUUCUGCUCUCCUGAAGCUGCCUGAAGCCCUAGCUGUAGUUCAUUGUUCUGCCCAUACAGGUGGCACUGACCCUGUCUCUAGAGGAAAUGAUUAAGCAGAUGCCGCUGCAAAGCUAGCAGCCAUAGAAGGACCUGAAUUAAUUUUAACAUUAACAACCACUAAUGAUUUAAAUCUACCACUUUCCUAUAAUGAAAAGGAAGUGGAAAAAUGGAAACAAAAAUUUAAAGCAAAACAGAUUAAUGGAGUAUGGGUGUCAUCUGAAGGAAAACCCCGGCUCCCUAGAAGUUUCUAUAACCAAAUUUGCCAAUCUAUUCAUAAAAAUGGCCAUUUUGGCACCGAGGGCAUCGUGGACUCUGUCAAGAGAGUAUGGAUAGCCCCUGGUAUAACUACUAUAGCCUCUAAAGUAUGUUCAGCCUGCUCUACCUGCCAGGCAUAUAACUUACAUUUCGUGGAAAAGCCUUUGGUGGACGUCCUCUGGCUUACACACCUUUUGAACAUCUGCAGAUAGAUUUCAUAACAAUGCCAAAGGCUGGAUGUUAUAAAUUUUGUCUAGUAAUUGUAGAUCAACUAACCAGAUGGCCGGAAGCAUUUCCUGCGACCCGAGCCACGGAGGAUUUUGUUGCAAAGAUACUUUUAAAGGAAAUUAUUCCUCGCUUUGGCCUGCCUGCACGUAUUGAUUCCAAUAGGGGAAGUCAUUUUACUGAUUCUGUCCUAAAUCAGAUAUAUAUUCUUGCUUGGGAAUAACCCCCAAAUUCCAUGUUCCAUAUCAUCCCCAGAGCUCAGGCCAAGUUGAAAGGAUGAAUAAAGAACUUAAAACUAUGAUUGGCAAAUUAUGCACUGAGACCCAUUUAAAAUGGCCUGAAAUUCUCCCUCUGGCCCUAUUAUAUCUUACAAGCAGGCUUAAAGGAGACCUACACAUCUCACCAUUUGAGAUGCUUUUUGGACAUCCACCUAUACAGGCUAAGCCUUUCUCCCUGGCUUAUACUUCGGUAUUAGGGGGAGAUAUUACAUUGCUUUCUAUAUACAGGAGUUACAGCACAAACUACGUGAACUUCAUGAAUCCGGAGCUGCAGUACAAGCUGGACCAUUAGACUUUUCUCUGCAUGACCUGAAUCCAGGAGAUAAAGUUUAUAUUAAGAAUUUCAAGCAAACUGGAGCAACUCAGCCUUCGUGGGAAGGACCAUUCCAAAUAUUGUUAACUACUCCAACAUCUAUAAAGAUUGGAGAAAAGGAUUCUUGGAUUCACUGCUCACAUGUGAAGAAAGCAUCUUCUGCUGAGACUGAUUGACUGUAUCCUAUCAUAUGAAUUGAAGAUAAUAAUCCAUAGACAAAUGGAUGCUGUUUUUUGAGAACACAUUGAAUUGCUGAUUUUUUCCUUAUUUUUAUUAUUGCUUUUCUUUUAUUUUUUCAUUAGAAUAUUUGAUUUUUUCUCAUUUCUUGUACUAAAGUACUUCUUACUUAAGUACUUAAUACAAGUUAAUAUAUAUAUUCUUGCUAUAAUGUCAAUGCAAAAGCUUUAAACUAUGGGAACCUGCCAUUUAUUGAUAAAAUAUUAUAGGACUGUGAUUAAUGUUUGAAUCUGAUUCCAGAAAAUAGGAUAAAAACAAGGAGCACAGACUUAACCUGAAUAGUGCCAAAAAAAGAGCACACAGGAAAUACUAAUGUGAGACUCGAGGUUGCCACACUUGACAUACGUCAAGUCGUAGGACUUCCUUUUAUCUACACUCUUUGUGAAGUACUCAUACAAGUACAAAGUUUGACUAUCAUGCUGGCUCCCUAUAUCCCUGAGAAUGACAAAAAACUCAGACAAGGGAAUGAUGCUUCCCUAUCAAAAUAGAAUUCUAAUUCUUCUCUUCUUAUAUUAUGGCAACUUCCUGUAGUCUUGGCUACAAAUGACUAAGUGAAAUAUUACUGCAUUCGGUCCUACAUACUUGUGGGAUAGAAAUUACUUUAAAUUGGACCUAUACAAGGACGUAUUUUGAAUUUUUUUUCCUUAUGUUUUUGAUUGUUUUUUCCCUUCUUUUGAUAAUUGACUCAUAUACCCCCAUAACUGAACAUUGCAUUCUGAGCUAAACUUGAUGUUUUUUAAUACCUACUUCAGGGGGGAUUGUAUUUUAAUUUAAAAUCUAAGAAUUUUUUAAUUUUUUUGUUUGAGAUUGUAUUUUUAUAAAAAUCCAAGAAUUUUGAAUUUUUGUUUAAGAUUGUACUUUUAUAAAAAUUCAAGAUUUUGAUUUUGUUCGAGAAAAGAUCUUCAAGAAAGAAGCUUGAAACUUUUAUAUCCAGAGAAUGAACUAUUGCAGAAAGAUGCCGGAAAACCUACACUUCAUCAAGAAAAUCAAGAACGAACUUUGGAUAUGAUUGAUUGAACUGAACUUUGAUUGAACAUUUAUUAUAAAUGUACACAUUUUUGCCAAAAGGGACUGCCCCUAAUUUGGCUUUCUGUCAAUGCGCCUAGCAAAACAUUGGUUUUGCUUUCUUUUCUUUUCUAUUUCCUUCCUCACUAUUCUAAUUCCUCUUAGAGAUUUGAAUAUCGUGUAUAUCUAUAGUUAGAAAUGCAUUUAGGAUUACAAAUUGAUUAUGUUAAAUGAUCAAUUGGGAGACUAGUCUCCCAAUGAUCAUCAGGGGGGAUUGUAAAUCUUGAAAUUUCUUAGACUUGUGAAUGUUAAAAAUUUCCACAUUGAGGAAUCCUCCAUUGGAACAAAUUCCCUACUGGAAACAUGUCUCUAACUAUUUUAAAUAUAACAGUUUAUGACAUCAACUAUUUUAAAUGUUACACAUAUCAAGAGAUGUAGGUUUAAAUCCUAGCUCUGUGCCUGCUACAUAUGAUCAUGGGGGAAGUACCUCCUACAAGCUGUUUCUCAGAUAAUACAACAAAAGCAAUUUCUAAUUUUAGGUGGGGAAAGUACUUUGUAAACAACAACAACAACAACAACAAACACUAUAGAAAUGUAUAUUAUUGAUGAGUGACAACAGAUCACAGAGAAUGAAAAUUUGAGGGUUAGGAUAAUCAAUUCAAUCUUCUGGAGAAAGGUUCCUAGACCUGGGUUCUAGUUUGUCCUUACUACUGAUUUGGGCAAGUUGUUGUCCUCAGCCUCAGUUUCUUUAUUUCUACUUCAGUGCUUUUAAACAUCCAUGAUAAGUGGGGCCCAUCUUCCUGCAGAUUACAGACAUUCCAUUCCUUGGUGGAUAGAUUAAAGCAAUGCGGUGGAUAAGAAAAAAAAAAUCACAAUCUAGUUGUCCACUUUCUAGUGCUUGGCUUAGCCAGGAAGAGGCCUGGACAAGAGUCAAACAUGGCCUGUACUUGAAGGUUUUUCAAGAAUGUAGGAGCUGCAUACUAAUGAUCAAUUGGUUGCCACUGUGUUAUUAUAACCUAUAGAAAUGUGCGGUCUACUUCCAUAACCUUUGAGGAGGUAACCUGUCACAGCUGAAAGAACAAUGAACUUGGAGUCAGAGGAUAUGGACUUGGUCCCAGUUCUGACUAAACGAUCCCAGGAAAAUAACAGCUUCUUGGGGGCUUAGUUUCCUCAUGUGAAAAUGGUGGCGGUCAGACUGGAUGACCUCUAAGGUUCCUUCUGGACAUAGACCUGUGACCCUAUGGAGAGCCCAGAUUCAGCUCCAUGUCAUGGAGACAUCACUGUUGGGCUUCAGUGGAGGUUCCUUAUCUGUAAAAUGGGGAUAAUAUCCAGGCUCCAUACCUCAUAGGGGUUCAGAAAAUGGAUAUGAAAUUGCCUUUGAGAAGUCUUAAGCACAUAAAUAUGAGGAAUUAGUAAGUUUGGAGGCUUAUGGUGCUGGGGACAAGAUUUUAAAGAGGGAAGAGGACUCUACUGAGGCUGCCAUCUUUGACAGAGAACACCUGCAUAGGUCAAUGCUUGAAGUAUAAAUGAAGAGGGUAGGAUUAUGAGGUGUGAUAGGAAUAUGAUAAUAAGUACAUAUUAAAAGCUAAUAUUUGCAUAGCACUGAGGUAUGCAAAAUGAUUUAUGUAUAUAAUCUCAUUUAAGCCUCAAUAACUCUAUGAAUUGGUGACACUAUGGUUCCUACUUUACAAAUGAGGAAACUAAAGCCAAGAGAGGGUAAGUGACUUACUCGCAUAAUGCAGCUAGCAAGUGCCUAUGGCAGGAUUAAACUCAGGUUAAGUGACUUGCCCAGGGUCACACAGCUAGGAAGAGAAGCCAGAUUUUAACCCAGGAUCUCCUGUCUCUGGGCCUGGCUCUCAAUCCACUGAGCCACCCAGCUGCCCCCUGUUUUAAGAUCUUUUAAAGCAAUUUUAGGGGGGGAAAUUGUCAACACCUUGAAUCAAGAAAAUUGGAUCUUCUGGAGAAGAUGCCAUAAGGAUGCCUAUAGAAAUCACACACUACAUCAAGAGAUCUAAAGUGAACUUUGGGAUAUAAUGAACUGAAGGGGGUUGAACCUAUCAUUUAUUCUGAAUGUAAACUCUUAUGCCAAAAGGGAGUGCCCCCAAUUGGCUUUUUGUCAAUGCAUCUAUCAUUUUUUCCCUUCUUUUUCUUCUCUUUCUCCCUUAUUCCCCAAAUUGUUGCAAUUCCCUCUAUGCAAGGUGCAAUAUUUUAUACACCUCUAGUUAGAGAAUCUUUAGAUGAAUAGGCUACAUGUGUGCAACAACUCACUGGGGAGACUAACAUGUUAAUUUCCCAGAAGCCCCAAAUGAAGAGAUUUUAACAUGCUGGUUUCCCAAAGAAUCAAAGGGGGAUUAUAUGAAGGGAAUCCUCUCCUAGGAUCACACAUGGGAUGUUGUCUUGCCUGCGUCCUGGCUUUCCUGGAGCUAUGUCACUUAAGUUACGUAACCUAGGCUACAUGACUGAAUUUGAACCAGAUGUGGAAGGAGAGGUUAAAAAGAUUAGAAGGAAGAAGUGCAUAUAAAUAUAAGAAUAAAAUAAGUAUAAGGGAGAAGUGCCAAAAAUAUAUAUAUAUAUAUAUAUGUCUCUCUGUCUCUAGAGAUUGGCUUAGGGGAAUGGCUGCUAUGGUCAGGCUGAGACUAUCCACAUGGUAGUUAGAUUAGACUUUUUUCUACCUAUUUCAAAUCCUUUACCAAUCCAAGUGAUUCUAACAAACUUUAUAAAAUUCCAAGGACCAGAGUCCUAAUUUUAAUUCUUACAUUAAUCCAUACCAUCCCCAUAUAGACCUAAGGCUCUUUGAAAACAGGGAUCAUAGGAUCAGAGUUAAGGCUAUAAAGAAUAUCUUAUCUAAAUUGCAAAAACUACUCUCAGGAUGAAAAUAUCAUUCUCUGUACUAUAAGUGAUAAAUAAACAUUUUUCUGUUGUAGAGAUGGAUGAGAAUAGAAAAGUGGGAGAAACUAAAACAUUUUUUAAAAACAAAGAAAAUAAGACCAUAACAAGACCAAAUAAGGGGGCAAGCUAUAAAGCCUCUUCAUCACCCAACAAAAUAUAAUCUAAACACCAAGCAAUUUUUAAAAUUGCUUACACUGUCCUUGGACCAGGGGUUUCGUGGACGGAUGGC